GCUGUCAAAACAUUUGAAUGUAUGAAGAUUACACCAGCACAAGCUACAGUCACAGUGGGAUUGGCUUCAUAAGCAAACUGGAGGUGGUGCGGAGUGCACAAGAAGCAGAAAGUCUCCCACACCACAGGAAAAGCUCAUCCACCAUAAAGCAUGACUCUGGUUUUCUGCAGUGACUUGCAUUAGAAGUAUGUGAGCAGGUGUCCUCGGCUCGGUUCUUGAAGGAGAAAACAAACCUGAGCGACGUGGGAUUUAUUCCACGCUCAUCUUCAAUUCCCUUCACAGGUGGAAGCUGCUCAGCAUCAUCAUCUCUCACAUUCAGGUAGUCUUCAAGGAUGCACUUUGGAAGAAGCAGCGUCGGCCCUGCGGAGCCCGUCCUCAGCAGACGAGACGGCGCCGUGGGGAACAGCGAUGUUCAACGGGUCCUUGCCGCAAAGAACACAAACAACUGCAACAACAAUGACGGAAAGAAGGAUGACAAAAAGGAUGAAAAGAAAGACGACAAAAAGGAUGAUAAAAAGGACGACAAAAAGGACGACAAAAAGGACGACAAAAAGGACGAAAAGAAGGACGAAAAGAAGGAUGAAAAGAAGGAUGAUAAAAAGGACGCCAAAAAGGAUGAUAAAAAGGAAGAACUGAAGGAGGUGUGGAUCAUGGACCCAGCCACGGAUAUGUAUUACUACUGGUUGCUCACAAUAGCUGUCCCAGUGUUCUACAAUCUGAUGUUCCUGGUGGCAAGAGCUUGUUUUAAUGAGCUACAGUAUCAAAAUUCAACACUCUGGCUGGUUUUGGACUAUGUGUCAGAUGCCCUCUACUGCAUGGACAUCUUUGUGAGAGCCAGGACAGGUUUUCUGGAGCAAGGACUUGUUGUAAAGGAUGCAAAGAUCCUGAAGGAAAAGUACAUGAAGACACCCCAGUUCAAGUUAGACAUGUUAUCAGUGAUUCCUACUGACAUUGUUUUCUUCUAUAUUGGAAUCAACAACCCAGAGUGGAGGUUCAACCGGCUGUUUAGGUUAGGCCGUCUCUUUGAGUUCUUCGACCGGACUGAAACGCGAACCAAUUUUCCAAACAUCUUCCGAAUCGCUAAUCUUGUACUUUACAUCAUCAUCAUCAUCCACUGGAAUGGGUGCCUGUACUUUGCCAUCUCAAAAAUACUUGGUUUUGGGUCAGACACAUGGGUCUACCCCGGGCCGACAAACCCAGAGUUUUCUCAGCUGUCCAGACAGUACAUUUAUUCCUUUUACUGGUCCACUCUUACCUUGACCACUAUUGGUGAGACACCACCGCCGGUCCGAGACGUUGAAUACUUUUUUGUCGUGGUUGACUUUCUUACUGGGGUUUUGAUCUUUGCAACAAUUGUUGGAAAUGUUGGAGCCAUGAUCUCCAACAUGAAUGCUGCACGUGUAGAGUUCCAGGCGAAGAUUGACUCUAUCAAGCAGUACAUGCAAUUUCGAAAGGUCACUAAAGACUUGGAGGCGAGGGUGGUGAAGUGGUUUGACUACCUGUGGACUGAGGGGAAAACCUGCGAUGAAAAGCAAGUGUUAAAAAAUCUGCCAGAUAAGCUGAAGGCAGAGAUAGCCAUUAACGUACAUCUGGAAACCCUAAGAAAAGUGCGCAUCUUUCAAGACUGUGAAGCUGGUUUGCUUAUUGAGUUGGUCCUGAAGCUUCAGCCUCAAGUUUUCAGUCCUGGGGAUUACAUCUGUAAGAAAGGGGAUAUUGGUAGGGAAAUGUAUAUCAUCAAAGAAGGAAAGCUCGCUGUAGUAGCAGAUGAUGGCGUUACCCAGUUUGUGGUCCUUAGUGACGGAGCUUAUUUUGGAGAAAUCAGCAUCCUUGGGAUCAAAGGUAGUAAGGCAGGUAACCGAAGAACAGCUAACAUUCGAAGCGUGGGCUAUUCUGAUCUCUUUGCCCUGUCCAAAGAUGAUCUCAUGGAGGCACUAACAGAGUAUCCUGAUGCUAAGAAUGCUCUGGAGGAGAAAGGAAGGGCCAUUCUGAUGAAAGACAAUCUCAUAGAUGAGUCGCUUGUCGCUGCUACCGAUGCUAAAGACUUGGAGAACAAAGUCGAUCAGAUUGAAGCCAGUUUCGAAAUCAUGUCAGCAAAAUUUCGAAAGCUGACAAAUCAAUACGAUUCCUCUCAGCGUAAACUCAAGCAGCGCCUCAGUAAUUUAUCAAACCAGUUCAGAAGCCUCAGAGUAGAUGAGUAGAGGUUGGCCAUCAGUACUACAUAGGGAGUGUCUUCUUUACAGGGACUAGUACACUGCAUCCGCUCAGUACUUCCAAAGAUGCAAAAAUAAUAAGACUGCCCUCAAACAAUGUUUCCACACAUAGACAACAACAACGGGUCGUACCACCAUGUGGAUCAUUAUGUCUUUUCUUGUGUUAGUGAUAACAAUAACAGGCUGCACGCGAUGAUCAGAAACAUGUGGAGGGACAAACCUGGAAUAAAAGCAAAGACAAAGCUGCCACCAAUCAACAGCAGCAGUCAAGCAGGUUCUAAAGGAGCACUACUUUAGCAUCGGUGUGAGCAUCCAACCAAUACUGGUGGGAAACGUUUUCUUUACUACUCUGCCCAGAAUCCCAGAGCGGCUCGUUCAGCAACGACACCAUGACCUGGGCUUUGCACAUACAGGACCUUCUCCUUUUAUUGUGAUCAGAAUAACUCUUCUGAAGGACGCAAUUAGUCAAAAGAAUUCUAAAAAGGACCUUUUAUGAAUAUUUUCUACAUUCAUUUAGAAGAACAGGACCACACCGACAAGUUUCAGUUCUGGUCAUUAAAGUGAGAGAGAGAGAUUUGAAAGUGCAACCAGAUCUGGAGAUUUAACAGCUGCUCUUUGUUGCUGCUUCGCCUCUGCGUGUUCUGAGAUGACUGACAGUUUUAUGCCAGACGCAACCUUGAACGGAUUCGUGUCUGCAGCUGGAAUCAAACUAGUAACGGUUUUCUUGCUCUUAACUGACCGCCUCAUCCUUCAGCACAGCUGCAAACUGCUGUUCUGAUAUUUUUGACAACAGUUUUUUUCUAAAGCUCAGGCAGACCUUUACCAUGAUGAACAUAGAUCAGGAGGUUCCACUGGAACAUAUCUGCUGAAUGGGCCUCUGUACACCUACACAAAUAUUAUAAAAGCAUUUCAAAAUAUGUAUCAUCAAAUUUUUAUUUUAAAUAUAAAGAAAUGUGCUUUCUGUAAAUAAAUUUAAAAAUAAUAAAGUGACAAUAAACUCUUGAAAAGUGGUGUAUCCUUUCCCCUGAAACAUGCUCUAAAGCCUCAAUCCGAGCAGAGACUUCAAUUUCACCAUGUUAGCAGAAGUAGGGCCAUGCAGACUGCAGAUGUUGGUACAUCUGCCCUAACUUUAAGCCUCAACAACAAACAAUAGACACUAAAACUGUUUUUUACAAGUCAUUUUCACAUCUGAAAUUUGAGUCUGUGGGGAAUGACUACAGGAACUGCAGUUGUUGGCACUUUCACGCAGGCUUCGGUUUGAAGUCCAGGGUUUAUGAUUUCCAUUUCUGCUUUUACAUUCAACAUUUGAUCAGUUAGGCUCCUGUGAACGAUCUUAGUCAGCAUGAAGGAACACGAAUGUGCACGAGGCAGUGAAAGCUUAGAUUCCAGAGCUCUGCAGGUGUCACUGAGGAAGCAUCUACCGCAAGCAUGAGCAAUUUUAGUUUAGUAAGCAAAAAGAGUUUGCACGCUUUAUUUCAAAGAAAAUAAGUUGUGUUGUUCCAAAAUAUUAAAGUGCAAAACAAAGAAUUAUUUCUUUUAAUGUCGUAUGUAUGAUUAACAGUGUUGACAUUAGUUGACAUGGAUGCCUCCUGGGUGAGGUGUUCGGGGCAGGAGGCGGCCCCGGGGCAGACCCAGGACACG